AUGGGUUCACAUCAGCAUUGCGCCAGCGAAGUAACAGAUUUCGAAAGGCAAGGCGAAGGGAUGCGCUAUUGUAUGGGUCUCCACAUCGAUCUCGAUAAGGUACGUGAAUUACGUGAGGUUACUGUACUGAAUGAGGCAGUUGACGGAUCAGGUGUGAAAGUUUUCAAAAAAUGGGAAAAUCGAAUGGAUAGGACGGAGUACGUGGAAAGUGAUGUUGACGAAGAGCUUUUGUUCAACAUACCUUUUAAAGGUCAUGUCAAAAUAACCGGCCUGGUGCUAGCAGGUGAUUUGGAUGGUACUCACCCGUCAAGCUUGCGAAUCUACAAAGAUCGACCAUCGAUGUCGUUUGAGGAUGCAGGCGGGGAAGCGGACCAGGAAUUCUCGAUCAAACAGGAUCCGCGUGCCGAAAUAGACUAUGCUUUGAAAGCAUCGAAAUUCUCAAACAUCACUUAUUUGAGCCUCUUUUUCCCAACAAAUUUCGGCGACGAAAAAACACGAAUUUAUUACAUCGGCUUACGAGGCGAAUACUUAACAAACAUGCGACAACAGGUACAUCAAAACACUUUCCAGACUUAA